UCUGCAUAUGGUGGACUAGGCUCUUUAAGAUGUCUGACAAUGAAUCUGAUGCCCCCCAAAGCGGCGGCUCCAGCUACUUAUCUAGCAAUGUGCCAUCGCGUCCGCAACGCUCUCAGAGAAUCGACUACCAUGUUUUGAACGGUGGAAGCGACGAGGAGGCAGACGUUGAAGAUCGGGCCAUAAAGAAACCACGACUCAAUCCACCAUCGGAUCGCUCUGAAUCAGUGGGUCCCGAAGAGUCUGCUAGCCAAGUUUAUCUGAAUUUGCCUACUCCAUCAGAAUCCCAUCAGCAAGGGAACUCCACUAGAAGCCUCUCUGAGGCUCUCCAGUCUUACAAAUCGGUCAGCAAAUCCGGCAUUAAGCCACAGAAUCAAUGGCUCUGGAGUCAAUUCGAUGUCAAACCACUUCCAGGAAAACUAUGGCGGCCUAAGCGGAGCAGACGGCUACUAGAGGACCGAGAAAUCCAAUGUACACAGUGUGGUUGGAAAACCACAGACUCUGCAAGAGCAACUUCUACGACCAACAUGAAGGCUCAUCUAGCCAAACAUAAUCUUGGCGAAAAAAUAAGGGAGGGAGAUCAAGAUAAGGAUUCCAGUAUAGCAAAGCAACUAUCUAUUGCUUCUAUAUUCCGACACAAAAUUGAACAGGACGUGAGGGACCUCUUGGAGAGGAACCUUCUUCGGUGGAUUGUGAGAGAUGACAUAGCUUUCACAGCCAUUGAGUCUCCUGCAUUUCAACAGAUCUUUAUGGACUUGCCAGAUGCUCCGCUUCCAUUUAGUUCCUCUCGCACUAUUGCUCGACGCAUUGACUCGGAAUUCGACCAGUGUCGUACCCAACUAAUUGAUGAACUUGCGAGAACUUGCUCAACAAUUGCUCUUUCUCUAGAUGUGUGGACCAGCAAGAAUCAUAAGUCCAUAUUAGGAGUUAUUGGCCACUGGUUAACCCCAAACUUUGAAUAUCAGGAACGAGUCCUGGAGUUUCGUGAGAUUUCUGGGUCACACAGUGGAGAGAAUAUGGCAGAACUGCUUCAGAGUAUGCUUUCUGAGCUUCAACUGGAGGACAAGUUACUUACCAUCACCGCCGAUAAUGCCUCGAACAAUGAAACAUUAGCAUCUGAACUCUAUUUUAACCUUGCGGAGAAAUAUACUUCAGAUAGCUUCGACCCCUCAUGCAGUGGACGUCUAAGAUUUCUGGGCAUUGAUAGCUAUAUCCGUUGUCUAGCUCAUGUUCUCAAUCUUAUCGUGAGUGAUAUUCUCUCGGCAAUGAAAUCUGGAGACCAUAGAUCCGCCGCAGAAGCCUGUGACCUAUUACAGGAAAACCAGAAAAUAGGACAACACUCUGCACUGGCUCGGCUUCGGAUUAUGGCACUCUGGAUAUCCAGAACACCCCAGCGACGACAGCAAUGGAAAGUGGUAUGCCAAUCAAAUGGGUUGAAGGACAAGUUUAUUAAAUAUAAUGUUAAAACACGCUGGAACUCCACAUACCGUAUGAUCCAAGACGCCUUCCAUGCCAGGCCACAGAUCAAGAAGUGGAUAGAACAUCAGAGCCAGUUCCCACCAUUUUCCUCUGAAGACUGGUCUCAGUUACAACAGCUUGACCUGAUUCUCUCCAAGUUUGAUGAGUUCACCUUGCUCGUUUCUCGGCGACAAUCCCAAAUCAGUCUAGCGAUUCCAAUCUACUAUGAAUUGCAUGACAUGCUUGAAGAUGCAGCCUCUGCACAAGGCGAAUUUUCAGGUAUCAGUUCAGAUAUAGCCGCCGCUAUAUCUGCAGGCAUGAAGAAGUACAAGAAAUAUUAUGAGCUUAUGGACUCUCAAGAUGCAUAUUACAUAGCGCUUAUUCUUGAUCCGCGUUUCAAGACACUGUUACUGGAAAAGGAGCUUGGACAAGUAACAGCGCCAAAGAUUAUCCAGACAGUCAAGGAGACCUUACACACGCAAUACCCGUCCAAGCAGUCACCAGAUUUGCCAGCCACAAAAAUGGACCAGGGUACCAUGCGACAGAACCUCGAGGCUCGUGUUUUGCAGAAACUGCAACCUCAGGUACUCCAACGGUCAGAUAUAGAUCAUUAUUUCAAGGAGGGUGUGGUGACAGUCGAUGAAUCCGUCACGAAACAGGAGGACUGGCUAUUUUCUUGGUGGAAUAUGCACAAGGAUGAGUACCCGCGGAUGGCAGCUGCAGCAAGGGACUAUCUUGCUAUUCCAGCAGCCGAAGUAGCGGUAGAGAGGUUGUUUAGCCGUGGCAGAGAUCUGAUCGGCUUGCGACGGCAUUCCUUGAAUGGAGGAACCAUGAGAAAGCUCACUCUGUUAAGAGAUAUAUAUCUCUCUGAGGAGAGCAAGCAACAGUCCAGAUAG